CGUACAUAUCGUAUAGAAAGAAACGAAGAAAGUGCUGCGCAGAAGCCAGGCGGCUGCCCGAGAGACUCCAUUCAGCUCAGGAGUUUUUCCUCGAUCUCUCGCUGCUUCUGCCUCGAAGCCGCAUUUAGGGCGAAAUUUCUAUUCUCUGAGGUCUCCUGUUUGAUUCUUAAUAAAUCCCCCUCCAGACGCGUCUUCCAAUUCACAGCUUUUGCAUUGAAUCCAAGAAAUCAGAGGCCCUGAAAUCAUUGACCAGACCUGAAUGGCAGAGCAUCUCACUGAAGAUCAGAUUGCAGAGUUCAAGGAGGCUUUUGGCCUUUUCGACAAAGAUGGCGAUGGCUCCAUUACGACCAAUGAACUGGGGACUGUGAUGCGGUCUUUGGGGCAGAAUCCCACUGAAGCUGAGCUGAGGGAUAUGAUCAGCGAGGUGGAUGCGGAUGGGAAUGGAACCAUUGACUUUCCCGAGUUUCUUAACCUAAUGGCUCGCAAAAUGAAGGACACAGAUUCAGAGGAAGAGCUGAAGGAGGCCUUCAAGGUGUUUGACAAGGAUCAGAAUGGUUUCAUCUCUGCUGCUGAGCUUGGGCAUGUGAUGGCCAAUUUGGGGGAAAAGCUAACUCCGCAAGAAAUUGAAGAGAUGAUCAAAGAGGCAGACACUGAUGGAGAUGGGCAAGUCAACUACGAAGAAUUUGUUAGAAUGAUGUUGGCAAAGUAAUUUUAGGUCAUCAUUGGAGAGAGCAUCUUUCUCUGUUCACUUAUUUGACAAUUUCUAUGUAAUAGUAUGCAAGGUUUAAUUAGGAGUUUAAUGUUCUUUUUUCUACAGCAGUCACAACAUCAUUGCUCACAUGGCAAACAUCAUUGAAAAUUUGCCCUUUUCUGACAGUUCUUUAAGACUAUUUGCAGCAAUUUAAGAAAGUAUUUUCUUGCAA